UUCCAUCCCAAUUCCCCAGACUGCCCCUCCCCAAUGGCCUUCCUCGCUCGGUCCUUGGGCCGCUCGGCCUCCUUCCUGGCCCGGAGAGGGCCCCUCAUCACCCCAGUCCGCCAAUUUUCCGCCACUCCCCUCUCCUUCAUGCCCGAAGACCCGACCAUCCCUGACCCUCCGAGGGACCCUCGCCCGGAGGACCUGCCCCCGGUGGCUGAAUACUCGCCCGAUCUAUUGUCUAGUGAAGAGCGGGCACGUUAUGACAUGUUGUCUCCGGAGGAGCGACAGGAAUUCGACGAAGAGAACCGCCUUCUUGUCGCAGAAUACAACGACCCGCAGAAACGGGCGGCCAUGUUUUCGGAGCUCGAUCGCGAAGCCAUGGACAUUGACAAGAGCAACCCCCUUUCGUUCAACAAACGGCGUCUAAAGAAUGGUGGACUUUGGGCGGAAGAUGAAACGGAUGAAUUCUGUAUCGUCGAAGACGGCGAUGAGGAUUUCAACGAUGACGAAAUGACUAGCAUGGCGUACGCACAACUUGAAGAACAUCGCGACAUUCGAGAAUACACUCGAAUCGCCGCAUGGGAUAUGCCCUUCCUGAGCCAGCUCGCCCAACCCUUCACCCUUCCCCACGAAUCUCACAUCCUCCGCUUCCGUUACACAACAUACAUGGGUGAGCAGCAUCCUGCCGAACCCAAGGUCGUCGUCGAGCUGUCCUCCAAGGACUUGACUCCCAAGUACCUCACCGAAGCCCAGCGCCAGACCUUCCUCAAACUCGUGGGUGUCCGCUACAACCCCCAGACCGAUAUCGUGCGCAUGUCCUGCGAGAAGUUCGCCCUCCGCGCGCAAAACAAGCGCUACCUGGGUGACACCAUUAAGGCAUUGAUCAAGGAGGCCAAGGAGGGUGAUGCGUUCACGGACAUCCCUCUCGACGUGCGUCACCACAAGCCAAAGGUCACGCGCCGCUUCCCCGAGUCGUGGGCCAUGACGCCACAGCGCAAAAAGCAGCUGGAAGCCAGACGUAUAGAGAGACUGGCUGAACGGCAGGCGUUUGUGGACGGGAACAAGGUCGUUCUGCAUGCGGCGCGGACGCUGCCGUCUCUGAACCCUCCCUUGAAGGCAAAGGCCACGGAAGAGCGGGAGAAGGUCGCCGUGAAACUGGGCGCAAAGGCCCAGAAGAGGAAGCUCCGUUGAAAUGAACCACAUGAUCUCUGGGAGAGAAAUGGGUAUGUCCAUAACUGAUGUGUCUGUUUCGAGGGUUUACUGUAUUUUCUUGAUCCCGUGUAAGCUCAAACAAAACAGGGCGGCGCAUAUUCGCAAGGUUGUCUUAGACGUUUAUUAUGUCUCAAUGUAUUAUAUCACAUUCAUCAUGAUCUUGACACUUACCUAGUUCUUCCCUGAUCGUAUGUCCAAUAUCUACAGUACACCGACCACCCAUAUACUCAACGAGACAAGGGAGCAACAUAGUCGCCAAGGAUUGAUUUCACAUUCUGUCAUGAUUUUCUGAUUUACUACUUCCCCAUGUGAGAAAAAGAAAAGAAAGAUAGAUUAUAA